GAACUAACACAUUUAAGUCUCAAACAGUACAAAUCCAAACACAAGUCCAGAGUUUUAGAAAGUUACCGAGGUCAUUCUGAAGUUGCUUGCGCGGCAGAUCCUUUAAUAAUUCUCCGAGGAUUAGCUCCAAGGCAAUGAGAUGAGGAAAAACGUUUCCUGUGCAACUAUGACCCAGAAAACAAACUCCUCUCACUGGCCGAGGCGCAGCAGUGAGCUCGAAUCCACCGCAGGGCUGCAUGUAGCCGGAGCAUCAGCUGGAGCAACAACCCCCCCCCGGCACCGAUCCAACUUCUCCCCACGGAUUCUGCAUCCACACACCGGGUACGUGUCGUCUGCUGCUGCCCCCCCUCCCCGAGACAGUGACAGAGGAACCAUGGCUGAACACAUGAUGAUGCCCAUGAGCCACGGCUUCAGGAUGGGCAUGAACGGACCUCCACAGCACAAUGGCCAGCCCGGCCUGCGGACUCUGCCCAAUGGACAGGUGAUGCACUACGGCAGGAACCCACAGAACAACAUGGAGGCUGCCAUGAGACAGAGGGCGGCCAUGGUGGGACCCGGAGGGAUGGGCGGGCCGGUGAAUGGCGCUCCAAUGGGAAACCACCACCACCAGAUGAUGUCUGGGAACAUGAUGUACAAUGGGCAGGGCCCACAGCAGCAGCACCACCACCACAUGCACCCUCAGCAGCAGCAGCAGCAGCAGCAGCAGCAACAACAGCAGCAGCAGCAGCAACAGCAGCAACAGCAGCAGCAGCAGCAGCAGCAGCAGGGCGGCCACCCGCAGCAGUACCUCCCUGGUAACCUCACCUCCCAGCAGCUCAUGGCCAGCAUGCACCUUCAGAAACUCAACACUCAGUAUCACGGACACCCGCUCAGCUCAACCAAUGGACACCACAUGCCGAACGGUGCUCAGUACCGGAUGGGCCCGGCCCAGCUAUCGGGCAUGCAGCACAUUGGCGGCCCUUUGGGGCUGAACGGCAUGGACAUGGAUCUGAUCGACGAAGAGGUUCUGACGUCGCUGGUGCUGGAGUUUGGUUUGGAUCGUGUUCAGGAGCUGCCCGAGCUCUUCCUGGGACAGAACGAGUUUGACUUCAUAUCGGACUUUGUGUGCAAACAGCAGCCGAGCACGGUGAGCUGUUGAGCAAAGGGCCCGGAAGAUGAUUUGGUUUUUUUUGGUCUGAACACCCCAAAGAAUGACUGAGUGGCCAUAGUAGCACAGCGGGAGGAGACAAUCUCUCUGUUCUGUUUGGGUGUAUCUGUGUCUGUGUAAACGACAGUGUCUAGCACACCUUCAGACUGACCUGCCUGCGAGUCGAUGAAGCAUUGUAACGAGAGCAAACGCAGCAGAAGCACCAGGUUUCUCUACUGUGAGCUGGCGCCAGUAAGAUCUGUUGAAUUUGGCCCAUCCUGAUGCAGCGGGCUCUGUCUGUCCCCAUCUGGCCCUCAGCACUUGUGCCUGCUGUGCCAAGGCUUUGGGAUAAUGGUGAGCUUAACCAACACAAAUGGGGAAGACAACCUGGGAAGACUGUCCAUCUGGGUCUGCUAGAUUCUGUGGCAUCUCUACGUGUAUUUAUUUCUCAAGACACCUUCAACUAGUAGCAGAUGUUUUACAAAUUUAUAAAAGUUUGACCUCUGAAUUGGUUCAUGCAAGGAUGAAGGGAUUUAGAGUCAAGAGUAUUUUUUUUGUGCGUGUGUGUGUGUGUGCAUAUUGAAGGCUGGCUCUUCAAAACAGAGUUCCUACAACAACAACAAAAAAGCAUUCCUGAGUGACGUGAUUGGGUUCAUCUCGGAUCGGUUGGAUCUCACUCAGAUCAAAAAACAAACAAACAGAUCUCAUUAAAUGUAUGGUUUUUGUUCCAUGCCAUUUAACUGUGAUUGAAUCAUUGGUAAACAUAGAGUGUUGCUCAGAGUGUUGGAUUAAACUCAGCUUUUUUAUUUGUAGAAAAUGGCUUUGACAUUUGGGUGCUCGGUGCAAGCAAAUCUUGGGUUACCAAUUAGUGGAACUGCAAUACGGGCUGGGAAUGGAGAAAGUCAUUAGAGUACGAGCAGCAACAUUCCUGUGGCCUGUUGCAAGAUUCAAGUAUAGCCCCCCCCCUCCAAAAAACUGGUCUGAGGAGUUAAUUAGAAAAACAAAAAAACAAGAAUGGAUUAAAAAUGAGAGAAUGAAAAAAGGCGCGUGAUUGCAGAAUAUGCAUUUUUUUUGUGUUUUGUGUGUUUGCCUGUGUGUGGUCAGCGCAGUGAGGCAUUUAAAACCCAUCGAACGACGCCCUUCUCCCUCAACCAUUGGCGGCUACACUGAAGCCGAUUGGAGGCUGCUCGGUGAAGGGGAGAGAGAGAGUUCUCAGUGUGUGGACACAACAUGUGGACACAGCGCUCCCCGGCAGCACUUAGCUUAAUCAUUAUUUAAAGCUGCCGCUACCUGAGGCAUCGAUUUCAUUAGGCAGGAGGAGCGAGGAGCACAAAGUGUGUAAAGUUGUUGUUUGUUUUUUUUGCCAUAGAUUAGCUUACUCUGCUGCUUUUCUACUGAUUAGAUUUGAAUUACAUGUUCUCACACGCUUGUCUUAAUUGAGGUCGACUUGCACAUUCUCCAACGACUCAAUAAUUACAAAUCGGACAUGUUCCGUUGUGCUUUUUUUUUUUUUUUUUUUGCGCAAUUGGUAAUUAGUUUUUUUUUUGUCAAGGCUGCUGCUUUUGCCACUCGGGCCAGCUGAGGGAGAACUUCCAGCACUCUCAUGCUAUUUGCGGCGCUGUCAGAGGGGUCAGGGCUGCGCUGGUGGACUGUGUUAAUCUGUUCCAAUACAACUGUGCCGCUCUCCCUGUCUCUCUGGAGAUCUGCCAUCUCCACAGCUCUCUAGUCAAACAAUGGGCAUUGAAACGCUGCUUUAGAGGCGGACAAGUGCCAGCGAGUUCCCACUCUGUUUUACUUUCUGCCUGGCAAACUGCAGCCACAAAGGACCUCACGGUUAAAAUGGAAAUACUUUUGGCCUUAGUGAGACAGUGGCCUCCGAUUCCUGCUAUAUCAAUAAGCGCAGCCUUCUUGUGUAUUGUAUCUUUGUACUGUAGACUAGAGGUGAAGUUGAUCUAGACACAUUUAAGGUACUUUGAAAAGAAAAAAAACAUGUCAGAUGUAAAUGUAAAUCAGUGGCUGGUUUUGAUGUGUUGACAAGAGAUUAUAUCCUAAAAAUCUUUUCUUUUUUUUUAAACAAGUGUGUAGAUAGCAGUAAACCAAUGUUUCUGGGUGCAGGAGCCUGAAGCUUUAAGACCAAGCAGACUGCAUGUUAAAGCAAGCGUGAGGGAUGCCACCACUUUCCCACAAAGCAGCUGAGAAUGUACAGUACAACAGUUUGUGGGAACUUGUCUUAAGAUGGUAGAUAAACGUGUGAGAUUGUACUCCUUGUUCCAAAAUGACAUCAUUUAUUUGGGUUACCCCUCCCUUUCCCAUGUCCCCAAAGCUUUUGUAAUGUUAUUGAUUCUAUUUUAAGAAAAUGUAUUUAUUUUCAAAUAAAAUAUUUAUUUAAAGAAA